GACAUCGUGGGGAUAGGUCACGUGAUGUGCCAUCACGCCAAGGCAGUGCCAUCAGUGAUGGCAGGACUGUUAUGUGAUGGCAACCAUCAAGAGUGGAGACAAACAUCAGUGAUGUCAGGUCGAAAGUCUGAUGGUAGGACUGGAAGCAAUGAGGAUAUAAGGAUAGGUGAAUAUCACUAUUUACUCUCGUCGUGGUCAACUCAAACUGUACUUUCUUACCAGUUAACUAACUAA